UGCAGUACCUUAUGCUUUCCUCAUCUCUUCCCCUCACAUCAUCUCAUUUCACUCCUCCUGCUCCUCAACAGUGACUAAUCCAAGCCAGAAGCAGGUAGAAAAGAGCAGAUGUUCUGAGGUAUCCUACCAGGACCGAGCUACUACUACUGUCACUGUGUUACUAGCUAGCUCAGGUACUUUCAACAUUCUCUGAUCUAUGUACAGAUCGGUUGGUAGGAUGUCUCUGCUGCUUUGUUGGGCAGUGAUGGCUCUGCACCUCGCAACAGGGGUGGAUGCUGCCUCGGGGGUGGUGAACACUACAGAGGAGGAGGUGGAAGGGGUGGACUCCCAGUCACCAUGCCCAGCCGGGUGGCAUCAGAAUGAGCAUCGCUGCUUCUCCUUCUACCCCGUCUGGGCCACCUGGGCCACUGCAGAGUCGUACUGCUCCCAGCACAGAGGGAACCUGGUGUCGGUUCACAGCCCUGGUCAACAGAUGUUUGUCCAGGAUCUGGUCAGGAGACACACAUACCAGCCGGUCUGGAUAGGAGGCUACGACGCAGCUCUGGAGGGGAUGUGGCUGUGGAGUGACGGCUCAGCUGUUGACGAUGUUUACUGGGAGGAGGAUGAGCCCAGUAACUCUGGACAGGGGGAGAACUGUAUGGAGCUACACACUGGAGGUGGGCAGGGUUGGAAUGACGUGUCCUGUGGAGAGCUGAGGUUCUAUGUGUGUUCUAUGGAGACAAGAUCUAGUUUAGCAGCAUUGCCAAGUCAGAAGGAAGCAGACGAGAGAG